GCGGGGGGGCCUCCGGAGACGCCUCGGGGCCUGGCCGGGCUGCUGCGCUGCGCCAGGGAGGCCGGCGGGGGAGGGGGCGCCCAGGCGUCGCCCACCCUGGGGGGUCUGGUCAGCCUCAGCAACACCCGGCUGGGCUCCAUCAAAACCCGGUUUGAGGGCCUCUGCCUCCUCUCCCUGCUGGUGACGGAGAGCUCCACCGAAGCCUUCAGCCAGAACUGCCUGGGAUGGCUGCGCAGCCUGCAGCACCUCAUUCAGUCUCAGGAUCCGCCCCCCACGAUGGAGCUGGCCGUCCUCAUCCUCCGCGACCUGCUUGAGUAUUCGUGCCAGAUCCCUGAACUGGCAAGAGACAUCGGCACCAACCACAUCCCAGGCCUGCUCACCUCCUUGCUGGCUCUCAAACCCGAGUGCCAGAUUUCCACCCUGGAAGGAAGCAAGGCCUGCAUGAUGUUUUACCCCAGGGCUUGUGGCUCUUUGCGGGGCAAACUGGCAGCCUAUUUCCUGGCCCGCCUGGAUGCAGAGACGCCCCACCUACAACAGCUGGCCUGCGACUGCUACGCCCUCCUGCCCUCCCUGGGCGCCGGCUUCACGCAGGGGCUCAAGUACACCGAGUGCUGGGGGCAGCAGGCCCACUGCCUCCUGGCCACGCUCCACAGCCUGCUUGGGACGCUCUACGAGGGCGCCGAGACAGAUCCUCUGCACUACGAAGGGCCAGGCGUGGAGAUCUUGCUCCCGACCCCCGAAGAUGGGGAGGCCAACUUCAUCCUCCACCUGAAGCAUCGCUUCUCCGGACUGGCCAAGUGCCUCUGCCAGAUGCUCAGUAACGACUUUGUGGCUCCCGUCUCCGUCCCGGUUCAAGACAUCCUGGACCUUGUUUGCCGCGCCCUCAACAUCUCCACGAAGAACAUUAGCUGGUUUGGCGACGGCCCCCUGCGGAUGCUCCUCUUGCCCUCCGUCCACCUGGAAGCCCUGGACCUCCUUUCUGCGCUCAUCUUGGCGUGCGGCCCCCGCCUGGUGCGCUUUGGGGGCACCUUCUGCCGCCUCUUCCCCCAGGUCCUGACCACGUGGAGCAGCGGGCGAGACCUCUUCCCCCCUGGGCAGGAGCGCCCCUACAGUGCGGUGCGGACACGGCUCUACGAAGUCCUGGAUCUGUGGGUCCAGACGGCUGGGGCGGCCUGUGGCAUCCUGCAGGGACCCAGGACCCAGAGCGAGGCCCUGCUGGGUCACCUGAUCAGCGACAUCAGCCCCCCUGCCGACAUCCUCAAGAUGCGGGACAGCCGGCCUGGCUCGGACCUGAAGCCCAGCGCCCCCAAGAAGCCCAAGCUGUCUGACCUGGGCACUUUGGGGUCCCUGCACUCCAAGCAGGACUCCCAGGCCAACAGCAGCACCUGCCUGGCCGCCUUGCGAGGCCUGAGCCGUGCCGUCCUCCUCACUGGAAGCCUGAUGAAGGAGCAGGUCCACAAGAGGCUGCAAGAGCUGGUGGCCCCCCUGCUGAUCCGCCUAGGCCAGGCCGAGACCCUCCCGGGGUCCCCCUAUGCCAGCGCCGCCUGCCGCAGGGAGCUGCACCGCCUCCUCCUGGCGCUGGUGCUGGCCCCCCCACCCUCCUGGCCGCCCCCUUUCCACUGCGCCCUCCGCUUGUUCAGCCAGGGGCGCCUCGACCCCAACCUCCAGGUCUCUUCCUUCUGCACGGAGGCCCUGGCUGUCUGCAAUGCCCUCCUGCACCCCCGGGUGCCCUCCCUUCAGCUUCCGCUGGCCGCCCCUCCAGGGGGUCCCCCAGCACCCCCUCCGGGCCCCUUGGAGCUGUCCCCCGCCCUGGCCUCGCCCUUCCGCCCGGCGCCCCCAGCCCCCUUCUCGGCCCCCCGCCUCCUCCUCCCUCCCCCCGCCUCCUCGGCAGCCAACCCCCUGGGGCUGCCCCCACCAGGCCUGGCAUCGCCGGCCCAGCUGCCCCCCCGCCUGGCCCCCGAGGAGCCCUCCCUGCCCACAUCCCCCGGGGCGGCAGAGGCAGCUCUGGGCGCCAAGCUGCGCCGCCCGGUCUUCAUCCACUUCGACAAAGAGGAGGAGGAGGACGUGGAGAUCUCCCUGGAGAGCGAUUCCGACGACUCGGUGGUCAUCGUGCCCAAGGGGCAGCUCAGCAAGGGCCCGGGGAGCGCCAUGGUAGUGGCGGCGGCCGUGGCCCAGAUCCCCACCCCGCCUGCUCCUCCGCCGGCCCUGCCUGCACCCCCUUCCCCCCCGCCGGCCUCCGAGGAGACCCCUCCAGAGGUGCCUGUCCCGCCCCUCUCCCUGGGUGUGCCCCUGCCCCCUGCCCCGGCCGCUGUCCUGGCGCUCCCCGCCUCCCCUUCCCCCGCAGCCAUAGACCCCCCAUUCCCCGCCUUGGUGGAGGAAGACCCCACGGUCAUCAACAUCAACAGCAGCGAGGAGGAAGAGGACGAUGAAGACGACUAUCCGGAGGAUGAGGAAUACUUUGAGGAGGACGAGGAAGAGGAGGAAGAGUACGAUGAGGAGGACGAGUUUGGGGAGGAUCUGGAGGAUGAAGAGGAUGAGGAGUUUGACGAGGAGGAAGGCCUGACGGAGGAGGAAGAGGACGAGGAGGAAGGCCUGACAGAAGAGGAGGAGGAGGAAGAGGGGGAGGAGGAGGAGCGGAGGAUGCUGCCCCCACUGCCGCCCCACCGCAAUGAUGAGGAGCCGCCGGAGCUCUUGCCCGUCAAGGAUGAGCCCCCCAAGUUGGAAGAGGAGGAAGAGGACGGCGAGGAAGACGAAGAGGCGGCCGCCGGACUCCUGAUGGAGGUGGAUGAGGAAGCCUUCCACCCCCCAGAGGAAAUGGCAGAGGAGGAAGAGGAAGGAGACCGGCCAGAGCGGGACCCGGGGAAGGCAGAAGGCCAGGCGUCUCCUUUGCGGACGGCCGAAGGGCAGCCCCCCCUCCCCAGCACGGCCCCCCUGCUCUCCGUGAAGCUGGAGGAGGAGCAGGGUGAGAAGCAGCCCCCCGAGGAGGAGGAGGAGGAGGGCCCUGUAGCUGCAGCUGCCCCCCAGACCACGUCUCCGCAACAGCAGGAGGAAGAAGAGGAGGAGGAGGAGGAGGAGGAAGUGGUGGUACACGAAGGGGGCCGGAGAGAGCCAGGAGGGCUGGUCCCCGAGGCUGCAGCGCUGCAGGGAGAGUCGGAGAAGCAGGAGCCGCCACCGGGCGAGGAGGGCACAGAAGUGGAUGAAACAGAAGCCAUGUUGGCUGACUUUGUGGACUGUCCCCCAGAUGAGGAGAAAGUGCCGUCUGAACCCAGUUCCUGAGGGGGCGCUGGAGCCGCCGUGGUCAAUGGUGGUAGGCGAAAUGGGGGCUGAGAAGAGGGGCACUGUGAUCCCUGAAACAGAUGCUUUCCACUGUACACAUCACUGCCUUCUGGACUUGGAAGCCUCCAUAUUCUAUUUUUUAUGUGUUUGUGUUUUGGGGGGAGGAAGAUUUUGGGUUUGU